AUGAGAUCAUUAAGCAAGAUCCGAUCCUGGGAUUCCAUUCUCCUCUCACAAUCCCACGUUUUGAAUUUUUCCAACGCCUCAAAAUUUUCACGCACUCACAGAACAACACAGCAACAACUUUCCAACAACAAGCCCUCAGACACCGAUGCUUCCCGCGCACUUUUCAACGAGAUCACGGAGAUUCUAGGAGCUGAUACUGUGAUCCCAGACCAAUCUCCAUCUGGGUUUUUGUUUCCACUUGAAACUCCGCACUCUGAAGUGGGUUUGAAGGACCAAUUGGAUUGCACAAAAGGUGUUUGUGAAAAUGCCGCACAGAAUGUUGACAUUUUGGAAGAUGCCCAGAUGGGAAAUAUGGGUGAGAAAGAUGUGAGUCGGGUUGUUAGUGAGAUUACUGAAAUCGUUAGAGUGGAAAAUGAUUCCAGUUCUGUGGAAGAGAGGUUAGAGAAUCUGAGUUAUGGGUUGAACAGUGAGGUUUUUCACAUGGUGUUGAAGAGGUGCUUCAAGGUGCCACAGUUGGCUUUGAGGGUUUUUAAUUGGUUGAAGCUCAAGGAUGGUUUUAGUCACACAACGCGGACUUAUAAUACUAUGUUGCACAUUGCCAGAGAAGCUAAGGAAUUUGGGUUGGUGAAGAAGUUGGUGGAAGAAAUGGAUGAGUGUGGAAUCCAAAAGGAUGUUAACACGUGGACCAUUAUCAUAAACCACUAUGGGAAGGCAAGGAAAAUUAGUGAAGCAUUGUUGGCCUUUGAAAAUAUGAAAAGGUGUGGUUGUGAACCGGAUGCAGUUUCGUAUGGAGCGAUAAUCUGUUCGCUUUGCAGUGCUGGGAAGCGAGACAUUGCCAUGGAGUUCUACAAUGAGAUGGUUCGGAAGGAUAUGGUACUAGAUGUGAGGUUGUAUAAGAUGGUCAUGAACUGCAUGGCGAGAUCAGGAGAUAUUGCAGCUGUUAGUUUGCUUGGAAAUGACAUGAUACGGUUGUCUGUGAUGCCAGAAAAAUGUGUUCAUGGCUGUAUGCUGAAGAGUUUUUGUAUUUCUGGGAGCAUUGAAGAGGCUUUGGAACUGAUUCGUGAACUCAAAAGUAAAGAUUUAGAUCUUGAACCUGAAAAUUAUGAGACCUUGGUGAGAGGACUGUGUAAGGCAGGCAGGAUUACUGAUGCUUUAGAGAUUGUUGAUAUUAUGAAAAGAAGGGAUAUGGUUGAUGGGAGGGUUCAUGGGAUUAUCAUAAAUGGGUAUUUGGGGAGAAAUGAUGUUGACAGAGCGCUUGAGGUGUUUCAAUGCAUGAAAGAAUCUGGUUGUGUGCCUACUAUUUCCACAUAUACAGAAUUGAUGCUGCAUCUCUUUAGGUUGGAUAGGUAUGAAGAAGCUUGCAUGCUGUAUGAUGAAAUGCUGGGAAAAGGAAUUAAACCAGAUGUUGUGGCAAUAACAGCUAUGGUUGCAGGGCAUGUUUCACAAAACCAUAUAUCUGAUGCAUGGAAAAUGUUCAAGAGUAUGGAGUGCCAAGGCAUCAAGCCCACUUGGAAAUCAUUUGCAGUAUUCAUUAAGGAGCUUUGCAAGGCUUCACAGACAGAUGACAUUGUCAAGGUAUUGCACGAAAUGCAGGCUUCAAAGAGUAGAAUUCAAGACAAAGUAUUGGAUUUGGUUAUAACUUGGAUGAAGAAUAAGGGGGAGCUUACUGUGAUAGAGAAAAUCCAGCAGGUGCAUAAAGCAUCUAUACUUGAUCCUGAAAAGUUCAAGGAGUCAGACAAACAAGUACCGUUGAGAAUUAAGGUGGAAGAGGAUGCGAAAGUUGACCAAUCAAAGACUGAAAUAGAUUGCUCCUUGAUACAUCCAAAACUUAAGAAUUACAGCAAGCAAGAUGUUCACGAAAUUCGUAGGAUUCUUUCAUCAUCUACGGAUUGGUCCUUAAUCCAAGAAAAAUUGGAGAAAAGCAUCAUUCAGUUCUCCCCAGAACUGGUUAUGGAGAUAUUACAAAGUUGCAAUAUGCAUGGUAGCUCUGUCUUAAAAUUCUUUUCAUGGAUUGGAAAGCAAACUGGAUACCGACACACUGCAGAAUCUUACAACAUAGCAAUCAAAAUUGCAGGCUGCGGAAAAGAUUUCAAGCACAUGCGUAGCUUGUUCUUCGAAAUGAGAAGAAAUAGUUAUCCAAUAACAUCAGAAACAUGGACAAUCAUGAUAAUGGUUUACGGCAGAACAGGUCUGACUGAGAUGGCCAUGAAUUGUUUCAAAGAGAUGAAAGCUGAUGAUUAUGUCCCAAGUAGGAGUACAUACAAGUAUCUGAUAAUUGCCCUUUGUGGGAGGAAAGGAAGAAAGGUUGAUGAUGCUCUCAAAAUAUAUGGUGAGAUGAUUAGUGCAGGGUAUGUCCCUGACAAAGAAUUGAUUGAAACAUACCUUGGUUGUUUAUGUGAAGUUGGUAGAGUGUUGGAUGCUAGGAGAUGCACAGAUUCUCUUCAAAAUUUUGGCUACACAGUCCCUCUCAGUUAUUCCUUGUUUAUCAGAGCUCUUUGUAGAGCUGGGAAAGUGGAAGAAGCAUUGGCUUUGCAUGAAGAAGUUGGAGAAGAAAAAUUCAUUAUAGACCAGCUAACUUUUGGAAGCAUUGUUCAUGGUCUACUGCGCAAGGGUCGAUUAGAAGAGGCAUUAGCGAAGGUGGAUGUCAUGAAGCAGAAUGGCAUAACACCUACCAUCCAUGUUUUUACGUCACUAAUAGUUCAUUUCUUUAAAGAGAAACAAGUAGAGAAAGCUAUUGAGACUUUUGAGGAGAUGCUACACUCAGGUUAUGAACCAACCAUUGUCACAUAUUCUGCACUUAUACGUGGGUACAUGAACGUUGGGAGGCCUAUUGAUGCGUGGGAUAUCUUCUACCGUAUGAAACUCAAAGGACCCUUUCCUGAUUUUAAAACGUAUUCUAUGUUCCUCACUUGCCUUUGCAAGGUUGGGAAAUCUGAAGAAGGAAUGAGACUUAUUUCUGAAAUGUUGGACAGUGGAAUUGUUCCAAGUACUAUUAAUUUUCGAACUGUUGUUUACGGGCUAAACAGAGAAGGUAAACAUGAUUUAGCCCGUGUUGUAUUGCAACAAAAAUCAGAACUAAGAAGAAAGCGCAAGCUCAUAACUUGA